GUACGGUGAAGUGGAAUAUCCGGAUGAAUCUGCAGUCAAUAUUUUGGCUGAAGCCGUGAAGAAUUCGUCAGAGAUGACGAAAAUGGACAAUUAUGCAAUAAGAUAUCCCACCAAUGAGGUAUUUUCUAGGAUCAUGCGACUCCCUAUAGACCAUCUUAUACCAAUAGAUCAUGCACCCGUUACGGCAACUGCAAAUCGGCCGUACGAUUGCCAUCUGCUGAGUGAAAAACUUGCUGGUCUAGGGAUUGAUGUGAAUUGGGUUAAAUUCGAAGACUGGUGGAAAAACUAUUUGAGUGUUGUUGCCUGA